AUGAGAAUUCUAAUCUCUUCCCUCCUUCUGUUGCUGCCACUAAUGCUGAUGCCUAUGGUGUCUAGCAGCCGAAAUCCAGGGGUCGCCAGAGGCCAUCGGGACCAACGCCAGGCUCCUAGGAGGUGGCUCCAAGAAGGCAGCCAAGAAUGUGAGUGCAAAGACUGGUUCCUGAGAGCUCCUAAAAGAAAACUCAUGACAGUGCCCGGGCUGCCAAAGAAGCAGUGUCCCUGUGACCAUUUCAAGGGCAGUGUGAAGAAAACCAGGCACCAAAGGCACCACAGGAAACCAAACAAGCACUCCAGAGCCUGCCAGCAAUUUCUCACACGAUGUCAGCUGGAAAGCUUUGCUCUGCCUUUAUAG